GACUCAUAACAGCUUUGUCAGAGUAAACUGGGUUUGUCUUCGGAAGUGGAUCCUCUGGUGAUGUCCUGACCUGGGUGUUUCCUGGACUCUGUGAGCCAGCAUUGGUUGGAGCUGCAUAGCUUGUACCAUGGACUCUCAGGUCAGCAACGGCUCAGGCCUGGAGGCUGAGCACAUCACAAACCUGCUGGUGUUCGGCUUCCUCCAAAGCUCCAAGUCCAAUUUCCAGCAAGAACUCAAGGCGCUGGGUCACGACUUGUCCGUGCCAGUGUACCUGGAUUCAGACCUCGAGGACGAGCUGCAGACCGAUGGCAGCCGGGCCAGCCGCUCCUACCCGGGAAGAAUACAGCCAGAUUCUGUGAGCCAGGAAGAAAUCAUCCAGAGCAUUGCCCAUCACCUCGCCCAAGUAGGCGAUGAGAUGGACCACAGCAUCCAGCCCACACUGGUGAGAAAUCUGGUGGCACAGUUCAUGAACGUCAGCCUGUCGGAGGAAGACAGACGGAACUGCCUGGCCAAAGCCCUCGAUGAGGUGAAGACGGCAUUCCCUAGAGACAUGGAGAAUGAAAAGGGCAUGCUGAUAAUGACCUUGCUACUGGCCAAAAACGUGGCCACUCAUUCGCCGUCCUUGCUCCGUGAUGUCUUCCAAACGACAGUGAACUUUAUUAACCAGAAUUUACUCACCUAUGUGAGGAACUUGCUUAGAAAUGAGAUGGACUGAAGGAGGCCUGCAGAAGCAUGACUGGCUGAGACCCAACGUGGUAAAAACGGUGAAGCCGCCUCCACAGGAAUGCGGCCACGUAAACACACGCUGGAGUGAAGACAGCGCCCAGAUAAUGGCUGUCUCCCUAUUUUCAGGACAAUGUUUUGAGCUGGUGACUUAAGUUUUCUACACUGAGCUAGUCUAAUGAAGAUGCCAGUGUGCGUGUAUCUGAAGGGCUUGUGGCAGCUCCUGCAUCCAUCCCUUGUACCUCUAUCUGAUCAGCUGUACAGGUUCCCACUUGGAAAUUAAACAUAAAGCAGGCUGUAAGGCAGAAAAACUUACUUGUAAUGUGAAGUUACUGUUCACGAGAGGCUAGCUUUGGGACGCUGUCUUCACCAUGCAGGCGGGCUUCUGUUUCAGAACAGUGCUAGGAGUGAGAAUUCCACCCAGUGCUCAGAAGGCCGCAGCCUCCUUUGUAAAAGCCGAAUGGCAAUGAGGUUUGAGACUGUGUUCUGUUCUUAAAACCAUGGGAAGCACUGACCACUCACCCCAUCCACCCACCCACAAGGGUUUGCUAAAGAUCUCUAUCCCAGUGCGAACAGUUAUGCACACCAUCUGUGUGAUGUCAGUCAUUACAAACAGGUUCUCGCUAGGGAACACAGCUACACAAGCAACAGCUGCAGUAGCAGGCUCAACCAGAAUGAAUAGGAGAUCUGAAAGAGCCAGUAAUCCAAACAGUCCCAUUGUCACAUGCAGGCACACACACACACACACACACACACACACACACACACACUCACUGAGCAUGCAAUAGAGUGGGCCACCAUCUCAGUCAAGUUCACAGAGAUAACCUCCAGUCACAUCUGAUGUCUGAUAUACUUCCUGGGAGGCAAAGCAAAAUUGUGCCCUUUUCCCCAUGCCAACACUCUAGAAAGAUUCUAUGUAUCAAAGCCAAAUGUCCCCUCUCUGCUUUUGUAUUUGGGAGACAAGGUCUCACUGUGUAUCCUCAAAUGCAGGGUGAUUCUCCUGCUAACUUCCUAAUGCUGGGAUUGCAGGCAUGAGCCACCACUACUUGCUAAGCAUCCCAAUGUUUAAUCCACUCCAGCCAUGACAGUUUGCUGUAUCGUGGAAAUGGGUAAAUUUUUCUUUAGACAUGAUCCUUGUGUGGGUAUAAUUGAUGGAUGAUUUUAAUUCAGAAAUAUUUUUCAUUCUGUUCUAAAAAUAUGUGAAUUGGUUUAAGUGAUAGAAAUUUGUUUCUUCAAAAUAAAGGCUUUCCUCUCUAAAA